AUGGGUCUGUUGGAACCUCCUUCGGUGGGUCGUAGGUUUACAUGGACUAAUGGCCAAGCUGACCCUAUUUGGGUUAAACUUGAUCGUUUUCUAGUCAAUUAUAAUUGGUUAACUUGCUUUCCUAGGGUGGUGCAAUCUUGUCUUCCCAGACUUGGUUCUGAUCAUGUGCCUCUUAGACUUGAAAUGGGAUAUCACUUUUUUAACCCUAGGCCAUUUCGAUUCGAACUGGCUUGGACUACGAAGGUGGGGUUCCAUGAAUUGGUGCAUCAGUGGUGGUCUGAAAUUUCACCUAGGGGGUGUGGUGCCUUCAUUUUGUCUAAGAAGAUUGCUGGGAUUAGGGCACGUCUUAGACACUGGGCGAAGCAUGAUUUCGGUUCUAUCAAACUACAAAAGCUUGCCCUUCUCCAUGAUUUAGAAGUUAUGGAUUUGGCUAAGGAAGAGCGACGUCUGUCCUCAGAUGAGAUCCGUCAGGAAAGUGACCUAUUAGACAAUUUAAAGAUUAUUCACAAGCAAGAAGAGAUUUAUUGGAAACAGAGGUCUAGACUUCAAUGGUUAAAAGAAGGGGAUGAAAAUACCAAGUUCUUCCAUGCGGUGCCAAAUGGCCGUAAGAAUCGCAAUUUUAUCCCUCGUUUGCUCAAGGACGAUGUCACCUUUGAGCACCCUAAGGACAUCGGCAGAAUUUUCUCUGAGUAUUUUAAGCUUCAGUUUGGGCAAAGGCGUUCUAACAGAUUUCAAGUUGAUCUACAUAAAUUGUUUGCUCACAAAAGUUCAGUUGACCUGACUGAUUUGGAGAGACCUUUCUCUUUAGAGGAAAUCAAAAAAGCUGUCUUUGACUUAGGGGGAGAUAAGGCACCCGGACCGGAUGGUUUUCCUUUGCAUUUCUUCAAACAUUUCUGGGACAUCAUUAAUCCGGAUCUCCUCCUACUAUGUAAUGAUUUCUUUUUUCACCGAGCCAACUUGGAAAGAAUCAACUGGGCCUCUAUUGCUCUUAUCCCUAAAGUUGAUUCGCCUGAAGCUCUUGGUGACUUCAGACCCAUAAGUUUGAUCAACUCUUCUUUGAAGAUUAUUUCAAAAUUGUUGGCGUCGCGACUAAGUAAGAUCAUCAACUCCUUAGUUAGCACUGAACAAUCUGCAUUUCUUAAAGGACGAUGCAUCCUGGAUAACAUUGCCACUGCGGAAGAAUUGAUUUUCAGUAUUCAUAAGAGGAGGUUAUCGGGGCAUAUCUUGAAAGUUGAUUUUGCGAAGGCUUUCGAUCUUGUUGAUUGGGACUUCCUCUUUGACCUACUUAGAGCCAGGGGAUUUGGAGAACGGUGGAUUAGGUGGAUAAUGGACAUUCUGUUUUCCUCUAAGGCCUCUAUUCUGGUUAAUGGCUCACCUAAUGGAUAUGUGCGAUAUCAUAGGGGAUUAAGGCAAGGCGACCCGUUAUCUCCUUUGCUAUUUGUGCUUGUUACGGAUGCGCUAUGCGCAAUGUUCUUUCAUGCUCUCCGCUCGAAGGUUUUGAUUGGGGUGCCGAUAGGGGAGGUUGGCAGUAUGUGCAAUCUCCACUAUGCUGAUGAUUUACUGGUUUUGACUACGGGAGGACUGGAAGAUUUGAGGAUGGUGAAGCUUAUUUUGUUAGUGUUCGAGGGGAUGACAGGGCUAGCAGCAAAUUUCUCUAAAACGUGUUUAUACUCUUCCUCCAUGGAUAUGCUACCUGACCAAGCUGCUGCAGACACUCUGUCUUGCAGUAGGGGGAUCCUUCCGGUUACAUAUUUGGGUAUUCCAAUCUCGGGGCGCAGACCAAGGAGGCAAGACUGGGAGGAGCUUAUUGUUAAAAUCAGAAGGCGGCUUUCCACUUGGAAAGUGCAAUUUCUGUCGUUAGGUGGGCGGCUUACCUUGGUAAAUUCUGUCCUCUCGGCUAUUCCUACGUAUUGGAUGUCACUUUUCCACUUACCCUGUUGGGUCGUCAAAAAGAUUAACCGUAUUAGAAGGGAUUUCUUAUGGUCGGGACCGGAUAUUGACCACCCUAAGUGUAGGCUUGUUGGGUGGAAGAACCUCUGUCGCUCACGUGACCAGGGAGGAUGGGGUAUUUUAGAGCUCCACAAUUUUAAUUCUGCGUUGUUAGGUAUAUGGUGGUGGAAGUUCUUGUCGGAUCCGACCUGGUGUGGUGCGAAUGUUGUUAAGUUUAAUUAUGGCUUAGAAAGUUGGAAUUUGUUUCCUAGGCCUGCCGGGAGGAUCUCCUUUUUUUGGAAAGGGGUUAUGAGUUGCCUGCCGUCGUUAAGAGGUUGUAUCCUCCAAAGUGUUAAUUCGGGUACCACAACACUGUUCUGGAAAGAUCGUUGGGUGGAUGGACAAGCUCCUAUGUACAUCUGGCCGGAUGAGUUUAGAAGGACGUCGUCUCCUGACGGCACGGUGUGUGAUCUACUACCUCUUUUUGAGGAAACACCGUUUAAUGCAAACCCGGUUCUUGCCGAUCUCCGUGUCCGGCUACGGAGGCCCUUGGGGGAUUUGGGAGAUAAAAAAUGGUGGACUCUGACAGGAAAUGGUUCUUUUUCGGUUAAAUCUUUUUAUAACUUCCUUAAUGAUGGUGGGUUACGUUGUCCAGUGGCGGAUUUCUUCUGGCGUCAGCUGUGCCCUAAAAAAAUCAAUAUCUUCAACUGGCUUGCAUGGAAAAAUAAAAUCCUUUCUCUUGAGAAUCUUGCAAGAAGAUGUUGUAACCGGUUGCCUACUGCCACUUGUGUGCUAUGUCAUGCGAAUUUAGAGUCUGUGGAUCACUUGUUCUUUCAGUGCUCUUUUGCGAGACAGGUGUGGAAUUACUUUGUGCAACUACUACAGUUGCCGGAUCCCCCUUCAACAAUUACCUCGGCUUGGGGCAAUUGGAGAUCUUUAGUGCGACCUGCUCGUAGGGUUAUUGGGGACUCUGUUGUGAAAGCCAUUGUGUGGAAUGUUUGGUUGUCUAGGAAUGAUUACAUUUUUAAUACCAAUUGCAUACCUGUGAAUGCUCUCAUCAUUAAAGUUGCUCAUAUGCUUUUGACUUGGUUCACCUCAGCUGGGGAGGGUUCUAGAGACAAGUUGGAGGAUUCCAUCACUAUCAUCCGCCGGGAGCUUGGAGUUCUUAGGUCCAAGGGUGAGGCGUCGAGGGUAAUCGCUUCCCGAGGGCUGACCCGGGCUCCAUCUUUCGGGAGAGUAGCUUGGACGUUGCGGUAG